GCGGGCACACCUGCUAGUAACCGCAGUUUAAUACGAUAGACUGAGACCACAAAUUGAAGACUAUUCUUUCAUCAUGUCAGGUAAAUCUGUUGGCGAUGGAGUCCUCCGUUCGAAAGUCAAGUUCAGUGUCAUACCCGAGACCCAGCAGAGUCCCUACAAGGAACUUUUCCCGGCGUUCGACGGUAAAGGUCUGGUCCGAGCCGAGCCUGGAGGUUUCGUCUACCAUCAAAACUUUGCAGAUAAUUGCCACAAGAUUUACAACAUAAAAGUGAGGAGUGACGACGUCUGGAUCCGCACCUUUCCACGAUCCGGAACAACUUGGACUUCUGAAUUAACCUGGCUCAUCAUGAACGAUUGCAAUUUCGAAGAAGCUGCUCGAGUUGGACAGCCCAUCCGUUCUCCCAACUUGGAUGCCAAUUACAUCAAUCACUGGGACAAGUUUGCCGCGGAGGGAUCUUUUGAUACGAUGGAUAUUAUUACCAUCGAUGAGAUUGAGAAAAUGCCAUCACCCAGGGUCCUCAAGUGUCACUUGCCAUUCGACCUGUUGCCUCCCAAUUUGCUCGACACCGCCAAGGUGAUUUAUGUGGCCAGGAAUCCCAAGGAUGCCAUCGUUUCGCUCUUUUACUUCCACAAGUUGGUCAACCUGUGCACUUUUACGGGAGAUCUCGAGACGUUCGUCGACUACUUUCUCGAUAACAAAGUUCUGUGGACUCCUUAUUUCGGCACUGUUUUGGACGCUUGGGGCAAGCGCAGUCAUCCCAACUUGCUUAUCCUCUUCUACGAAGACAUGAAGAAGGACAUCCGGGCUCAAAUCAAAAGAAUUUCUACAUUUCUGAACAAGCCAGUAACCCCUGAGCAAAUCGAGAAGCUGGUCGAUCACGUUCGUUUCGAUAAAUUCUCCAAGAACGAGUCGGUCAAUUACACAAAGGAAAUUAAAGCUGGUGUUGGUAAAGACGACCCGAAUAAUACAUUCGUCCGCAAAGGUCAAACGGGAGGCUGGAAGAACCAUUUCAGCCCGGAAGUGAACCGUAAAAUUGACGAAUGGAUCGCCAAGAAUUUGGAGGGAACCGGUUUGAAAUUUGUCACCGAACUGAACGAUCAAUAAAGAUCGAUCCUUAUGCUUAAUAAUGCCAGUAAAUUCAUUGGGGUUUCAUUGGGUGAAAAACGAUUUAGAGUCUUUGACAGCAUUGGGCGUCAACCCAACGCUUGUCCCCGGCUAAUAUCAUAAGAUGAUAAUAUCGGCUGUUUAUUUUUUAAAUUGAAAAAACUAUUACGCAAUUACACACAACAAAAUCUGACAUUAUAACGGGUUUUAAAAUACACGGUUUUAUGACAGGA